GGAUUGUGUAUGGCUUCCGGUUACUGGAUUGACACACAAUGAGGAGUUGGGAAAGCCGCUGUAAAUAAAUACAGUAAUUGCAGAGGCCAGGGAAUCAUGGAGAACCAGUGCACGGUGCAGGUGAAGUUGGAGCUGGGCCACCGGGCUCAGCUACGGAAGAAGGUCACCACCGAGGGCUUCACACACGACUGGAUGGUGUUUGUCCGAGGCCCUGAGAUGGGCGACAUCCAGCACUUUGUGGACAAAGUGGUGUUCCGACUGCACGAGAGCUUCCCCAAACCCAAGAGAGUGUGCAAGGAGCCGCCAUACAAAGUGGAGGAGUCUGGGUAUGCCGGUUUCCUCAUGCCCAUCGAGGUCUACUUCAAGAACAAGGAGGAGCCGAAGAAGGUGUGCUUCAACUACGACCUGUUCCUCAACCUGGAGGGGAACCCGCCCGUCAACCACCUGCGCUGCGAGAAGCUCACCUUCAACAACCCCACCCACGAAUUCCGCCGCAAGCUGCUCAAAGCCGGGGGGGUGAUGGUGGUGCCGGAGGGGGAAGAGCCUGUGUCCCGGCCCAGCCCUGACUACCCCAUGCUCCCCACAAUUCCCCUCUCUGCUUUCUCCGACCCAAAGAAGACCAAGCCCUCCCAUGGGUCAAAGGAGCCCAGUAAAGACGGCAGCGGAGCGAGCAGCAAGGGUCCGAAGCCUCACAAGCCGUCCAAGGAGCACCGCGAGCGACCACGCAAGGACUCGGAGAGCAAGGCCACGUCUAAGGGCGAGGGCGACCGUGAAGGAGGCAAGCCGGCCCGCGAUCCCUCGUCAUCUUCCUCCUCCUCCACCUCGUCCUCCUCCAAGAAGACCGCCGAGGUCAAGGUCAAGGAGGAGAGCAAGGCCCCGCCCAAGGCGGCCUUCAAAGAGCCCAAGCCCACGCUGAAGGAGGGAAUGUCCCCAAAGGGAGGGGGGACCGGCGGGGGCGGGGGAGGUGGAGGGGGCGUCCCGGAGCCGAAGGCCCCCAGCAAGCGGCCCUCGUCCAUGGAGUCCCCCAAACCCAGCGUCAAGAAGCCCAAGAAGGGGGCCCCUGAGGGGCCCAAGGGCGGCGGGGGGUUCUCUGGCACCUCCCCCCGCAUCUCCUCCUCCUCGGCAGCGCCGCCCACCUACCCGGACAAGAAAAGCGCAAAGAGCAAGCGGCGCUGGGUCAAGGUGAAGACGGAGACGGCGGAUAUGCAGGAGGCGCAGGAGGUUAAGGAGGCCAAAAAGCCGCCCGAGUCUGAGGAGUCCAACUCCGAAGACGAGGCCUCCUCCAAGUCUGAGCAAUCGGCUCCCUCAAGCCCCUCCAACUCCACCUCCAGCUCUGACUCCACCUCCGACUCCGACUUUGAGCCCUCGCAGAAGCAAGGCCAGGGUACGGUGGGUCCCUUGCGCUCCAUGGUUGAGGACCUGCAGUCAGAGGAGUCAGACGAUGAUGACAGCAGCUCGGAAGGGGAGACGCCUGUCAAAACCAACCCGCCCAACCGUGACUCACGUUUGAGCCUGGACAGCGAGAGUGACAGCAGUGACGGAUCCCACCCCCUGAGUCGAGAAGCCCCGCCUCCCCUACAGAAACACAUCAACAACAAGCAGGUCUCUGGGAGAAAGAGUCCCGACCCUUGCACCAGGCCAGAGAAGAUGCUGAAGAAAGGGUACGACAAGGUAGGAAGGGCUCCACCUCUCCCCUCUCCCCAGGCGUACACAGAGGAGCUGGUAGACCUCCACCGCAGGUUGAUGGCCUUGAGGGAGAGGAACGUCCUACAGCAGAUUGUGAACCUCAUCGAAGAGACCGGCCACUUCAACGUCACCAACACCACCUUCGACUUUGACCUCUUCUCGCUGGACGAGUCGACCGUCCGUAAACUACAGAGCUACCUGGAGGCCACGGCCACGUGACAGGAAGUGCCCUUCGAGCUGAAGAGUCUUCUCCAACUCCGCUAUCUCCACCAAGACCCAGACGGGGCUGUGUGAGGGGUGCUGAGAGAACGAGAGGACUCGGGAGAAUGCCCAACGACGCGGGACGGACAAUCGGAGCCACAGAGAGGGACAGGAGAGGACCAAGAACGAUACAAAUGAAGCGGUCUUCGAUAGGGAGGCUGGACUGCCAGACUGGAGGAAAGUCGCACCUGACCUCACCCCCCAUCCAACCUUCUUCCACUCUUACUCCUCUCGGAACCACCCUCCCGUUUCUUUUUGCACGCUUGUUUUCGGGUAGAGCAGCGAUACUUUGUAUACUUUGCACCAAAGCUUGGGUGGCAGCUGUGACGGUUGUCCUGGUCCUGACACCGGGAGCAGUACCUGCCUCCGGGCUCUCCACCUUUCUCUCCAGUCAUCAUAUCCUACUGCAUUCAGUCUUUUUAAAAGUCUGGAGCUUUCUCCUCUGCCCCCUCACCAUCCCCUUCUCCAACUCCUUCCUGUCCUGCCUCUAUCCCACCCACCCAUGGCAUCAUGGGUACAUGCAAGUGAUUCCUUUGCAAGGAAGGAAGAGGAGGGUGGCAUUUCACUCAUUUUAUUGCUGUUUUGAGGCAUUUUUGUCUGCCAAAAUGGAUACGGUUAAGAGUUGUGAGACAUGAAUGUACUUUCAUUUUGUUUUUAUACAAUUUUUUUAUUCGGCUCACAAAAAACCGGCCCCUCCCUCCCUCCUCAGUGCCUUUAGGAACCAUCGCUUUAUCUUUGAGGAGGGGGUUUGUCUGUCACUUGGAAAAACCGGGACCCCCCUCCAGCUGCAAGCUGGGGUCAGAAUAUUUUUGAGACCGGAGAAGAGUUUGGGAAUUGGGGUUCCUCUUAUCUAUGGCGGAGGGGUCCGGACAGGCCUUCAGAGGAUGGGGCUGAAGCCGAUUUCUAAUGCGUCCAACGGAAGGUAGUUUCAAAGCUGGUUUCUUCAGAAUGGAUCUUCAUCAGUUGAGACCCACUGGAAUGCUGCGUCACACAGACCUUGUUUUCUACAGUCCUUUUAAGUACACACACACUUGUUCAGACAGCCAUGACCGAACCCACUGUGGCUCGUUGGUCGACCCUUUACACUUGAACCUUGCGCCCCCCCCCCCCCCCCAUGUGUACGGUCUAUGUGAAAUGCCUAUUUAUUAUGACGUUGAUAGCUUUAAUGGUAGAAUCCACUCUAUUGCUAAGCUAGCGGUGAGCUGUCUUUCCUGGAUGAGUGGAGAGUUGAAUUCAAAGCGCCUGUCUGAAACGGAGAAAGCACAUUUGCCACAGCGCCUGGCUGACCCUUUCAUUCCUUGCUGGGGAGAAGAUGGGUCACAAACUGAUCUUCCCUAACGACCAUUUUUCGGAGGAAAACCCAACUGCAAAGCGCAGGCGGGGGAGCAAACGGUCGCAUUUGUGUUCCUGUCCAUAAUUGCGUGCAUGAACUUUUAAACUCCAGAGCCUGAGUCCGUAAACUUUGACCUUUGACCCAGGCGCUCAGCACAUCCCUUGUUUGUAAACGAAUGGGAACCGAAAGGGGUGGAGGAGUGGCCCUCGACCCCCGAGUGAAAAGCCCCUCCGUCUACUGACGGUCCGUUUAAUUUAUAUACCUCUGCACUUUUGUGGUUGUGGCGACUUCAGUACUUAUGGAAUUAUCUAAACUGUAUUUUUAAUGAUUUUAUACUAUAUUUCCAUGCAAAAUAGUAUUGAUUUUUUGACUACCUUUUUAAAAAAAAUCUAUUUAAUUGUUCUAGUAUUUUUAUUGGCAUGUUAUGUCAUACAAAGAAACACAGCCCCCAGCUCUGUGUAGGUUAGCCUUAUUGCAUUCUAUUAUUAUUUUUUUUAUUUUUUUAUUUUUUUUACAGUUGGAACUAGUAUUUCAUUUAUUUUAUUUUUUUUAACAGUCGGACACUACGCAACAGGUUUCAUUUUGGAGGGCUUGUAUUCCUUGUACGAUAAACUGACUCGGUUGUCGUUUUAGGAAAGCAUGUAGAGCAGACUGAAUGUGUGCUUUUUAGAUUGUUACUGAAACUUAUGUGUGUGUCGAAUAUUUGAGUGUUUUUACUCAAAGUAUGUGGCACCCUUUUAUUUGUUUGUACUCUGUGAGGUAUGGUUACAAUGCCCAGGCACUAAGUCUCAUUCCCACAUUUCUUAAAAACGUUUCUUGGGAUCAUUCCAAGCUGUUUCUGACCCCCUGACCCCAAGCCCUAAGGACAAAAAAAUGAACAUUGCCAUAGGAAAUCAGAAUGGUGGGGUAGAACAAAGAAUUUCAGCUUGACGUGUACAAUUUGCAGUGGAUGUACAAUCGCUGAUUCCGUUCGGGUUACGAUGUGGAGAUGUGGGAGGAGACUACUGUGCUGGUGGGUGUUUUGUGUCUACUGGGGAGGGGCGGUAUUUACCAGGGGUUUUGGAAUGGUUGUGGGUUCCAUGGCAAAAACAGAAGUUCAAAUUUGGUAUCGUGAGUUUGGUAUUAACUUAGCAUUUCGUGCCACCAUGUGGCCAUACAGUGCAGGUUGUAACCAGAACUGUAAUUUUUAUUUUUGAAUCAUAUUAUUAAUAAAGUCAGUGAGUACUGUC